AAAAAAUCCCGUGUAGACCUUGGCGAACUUGGUGCCAUGGCACAUUUUGAGCUGGAAGAAGGAAAUCAAUUCCUUCUGGAUUGGUACAAGCUGAAAAAAGUGGCUGCAUGCGAGUCACCCGUCGUUCCGGUGGCCGUGCAACAUGCAGACACCAUGGAGGUUUUGAUCGUGGCCUACGCCAAUGAGCAGGCAUUGGUUGAAUCCUUCAGGAGGAAGAUUUGUGUGCUUUGGAGCACAUCUCGGAACAAGUUGUGGAUCAAAGGAGAGACUUCGGGUGAUGUGUUGGAUCUGGUAGAGGUGCGAGUGAACUGUGAGCAGAACUCCUUGUUAUUCCUGGUGCGUCCACGUCUAACUGGAGUAUGUCAUACCAAAGGUCCAGACGGAUCAACGAGACCUUCCUGCUACUACCGCCGGGUCCACUGGACCGAAAAGACCAAGGGGUCCGAGGAUCUAGCGGAGGCGAAAGAUGACACGGCGGACUUGUCGGAAGUGAUCAAGGGCUCCACCCAGCUGGAGCAUCUUUCAAUGUCGUGAUGUCUUUCGAUUGACAGCAGUUGGAGCAGUUGGAGUUGGAUGCUGAAAUAUGAUGAAUAUGCUGACAUGCAAUGACACGAUAUAGCAGAUGUGACGAACAGCACCUGUCUGUCAAAGCGCGUCCAUGUGCUUUGCGGAAGAAAA